CUGCUACCGGGAUCAGUCUUGGUCAGUUUCACCGUCCUUCAACCAUCUGAGUAUUGUUCUGAUCAUGGCUGUGACCAACCAACCAGGCAGCUACACACCCUCGGAGUUCCAGACAGGCCUGUUCGAUUUCAGCGAUGACUGUGGAACUUGCUGCUAUGGUCUGUGCUGCUACCCGUGCCUCGGCUGCACAAUCGCCAGCGACAUGAACGAGUGCUGCCUGUGUGGUCUGACCAUGGCGAUCCGCAGCGUCUACAGGACCAAAUACAACAUCAGAGGGUCACUGUUUACGGACUUUUUGGUGCACAUGUGCUGUCCGGUGUGUGCCACCUGCCAACUGAAGAGAGAUAUCGACCGCAGGAAGGAGCAAGGCAUUUUCUGAACAGCUACAAUCCUCUGAAGGAAAUGACAUUCAUCUCUUCCAGUCAGUUAAACAUUAGUCAGCUGCCUGGGACACAACCUGGGAGUGGAAAACAUCAACA